AGGGCUGGUAAAAUAAUAACGAAGAAAUAUUACAACUUGAUCAGGAUCGUGGACAGCUGGAUGGACAAACUGGAGAAAAAACUGAAUGUGGCAGCACCUGGUGUGGAGACGGCUGUACCCGAGACGUCUUCUUCGGCGUUGGUGGCACCAGAUGAGACCACCAUGCCCACAGCCGGCCCGACCCUGAAUCCCCCGGCGGGUCGGGUGCGACAGACGCUGACACUCUGCAGCCGUGCCGCCACGGCGCUGGCGGUCUUCCAAGUGGGCGCAGCUUUCUCCCUGCUGUCUCGUGCGCCGUUCGUGGGCCGCUUCUUCAGAGAGGUGGAGGCGCCCGCAUCUUCGUCAUCUUCGUCCUCCAGCGACCCGUCAUUCGCCAGGCUCCCUACGCCAACGCCUUCGGAGGAGCAGCCGCUGUCCAGGCCUCUAUCCAUGCAGUCGCUGCACCCGGAGCAAUUUAUUUCCCUGCCGCAAGAGUGACCCCCCACCAGACGUCUUUCCGUAACUCGAA